AUGUUUCUGUUGCUUGUAGCUUAUACGCUUCUAUGCGGAGCCUCCGCCAAAAUCCAAUCAUGUAUUUCCGAACGUGGUUCCAACAUAAGUCACAUGUACAACCUGGAAAAAUUUGUGACUAUGCCUGCUAGCACCUGCUACGCACGGGUUCAUUUCGAUUUGGACUCUCGUCGAGUAUUUUUGGUGGAACUGUAUGGUUUGGAAGACGAUGAAGAUCCCGGCUGCCGUAUAUCUACGAAAGGUUAUAACGGCAUGAUAAAUGCUACUUGCAUCUGCAACGCGUAUGAUAAUUGUAAUUCGCCUCAUUUUUUGCACGUCAGCUUAGUGCAACUCAUGGAAAUGCAAGGAAAAGCAAAGCAAGCUAGCGCUAUUGUUAAUGCAAUAAGAAAACAGUUACAAAUACCGAUUAACCGCGAUUUUGUUCGGCAGAGUAGAUCAGGUCUCUAUGUGAUUGCUGCCUUUAUCUGUUUCUUGUUGUUGAGUAGCUUCGCUCAUGUCGCUAGCAUCGGGCCAAUGUUUUUCAUCAAGAAAGCGAAAUCACAGUAAUUUAUUUCCAUCAAUAAAGAAGUAGCACAUCUAUUCAAUAAUA